UUAGGUUAUGACAUGUGCGAAACGUAAACAACGUGUUUACAAUUUGAAUGUUCAAGAACUUGUAAUGCAACUUCCAUAAAUAAUGGGCCUGACCAAAGAAUAUUUGCGUUACGUGCCCGCCGGAAACUUCAACAUAGUGACGAGCACGAAUUGCAACGCUGUCUUCGUCGCGUUAAACGGACAGGAAGGACGAUACGUCGCCGUCGGGGCGUGCGAGCACGUAAUCGUCUUCGAUCUACGUCUCGGCGAGAAGGCGCAGGUGCUGCUGGGCGAGAAGAGCCCCGCCACGUUCCUCUGCGCGAGCCCCAACAAACGCAAUUUGGCGGUCGGCUAUGCGGACGGUAUCGUGCAGGUGUACGAUUUGGAGACGGCCGAGGUGGUGUGCGUGUUCUCGGGGCAUCGUUCUGAAAUUACUACGUUGGCCUACGACACCUAUGGGCAUAAGCUAGCAUCGGGAUCAAAGGAUACUGACGUCAUUGUUUGGGAUACUGUCUCCGAAGCGGGAUUGUGCCGAUUAUCGGGCCACCGAGGACCGAUUACCCAAGUUACCUUCAUGUCACAGCAGCCGGUCCUCAUUUCCGGCGCGAAGGACAGUUUCGUAAAGUUCUGGGACCUGGACACUCAGUACUGUUUUAAAACGUUAGUGGGACACCACACGGAGGUUUGGGCGUUGACGUUAGUCAAGGACGAUAAGUAUCUCGUCACCGGUUCGGGAGACGCCGAGCUGCGCGUGUGGAAGCUGUCAGUUCGCGAUGUUAACGGCGAUGAGAAGCCGAAGAUCGAAAACAUAUCCGCGCAGCUGGAGCUGGCGACCCUCGACGAAAACGAUGACUGCUCGCAUCCGCUUCAGUGUCACAAGGCGUGCUCGUUACUGCGGGCGGGCCGAGGUCGCGUCACCUCGAUGGUGACGGACGUGUCGACGCAAAUUCUCGGCUGUCAAGGUACGGACGCGCAGAUCGAACUAUUUUACUUCUGCACGGACGACGAGGCGAAAGCUCGCUUUAAAAAGCGAUUACGAAAGGAGAGAAAGAAGGCGGAAGGAGAGGGCGAGGGUGAGUUGAGCUCGCGCGACGAGAUCCGACGGCUAACCUCGUUGAAGCUGCCGCACAAGCCGAAACAUCACCAUUUCGCGAUCGGCACCGGCGGCGAGCUGCGCGUUCUCGUCACGUUCGCGAACAACACGAUGUCGCUGCAUACGCUGAAGGUGCACGUCAAGGACGCGCAGGCGCAGUGUCUGCGUUCGAUCGAGAACUUGGGACAUCAGAGCGAAGUGCGUUCGCUCAGCUUUAGCAGCGAUAAUUUGGCGAUCGUUUCCGGGAGCGGGGAGUCCAUUAAAAUGUGGAACCGACAGACUUUGGCGUGCGUGCGGACCGUGGAAGUCGGGUACGUGUUGUGCACGAUGUUCGUUCCGGGGGAUCGACACGUUUUGGCCGGUCUCAAAGAUGGACGAUUGGUUAUCAUGGAUAUCGCGGCCGGAGACGUCUUGGAGGAGAUACCCGCGCAUAGUGGCGAGUUGUGGUCUAUCUGUUUGCAACCCGACAUGCGUGGAUGCGUUACGGGAGGCGGAGAUCAGACGGUAAAAUUCUGGCAGUUCGAGUUAAUCGCCGAUAUCAAAACGGAGAGCAAGGCCAAGGUGCUCUCACUUUUGCACAAGCGCACGUUGAAGUUGGAAGACGCGGUGCUCUGCGUGCGACUGUCGCCGAACGGAAAGUUCGUCGCCGUCGCCCUCUUGGAUUCGACGGUCAAGAUCUUCUUCGCCGAUUCCUUCAAGUUUUACCUGUCGCUGUACGGUCACAAGCUGCCCGUGCUCUGCAUGGACAUCUCGUCCGAUUCGACCUUGAUCGCGACCGGUUCGGCCGAUCGCAAUCUGAAAAUAUGGGGCAUGGAUUUCGGCGAUUGUCACAAGAGCAUUUUCGCACACGACGACUCGAUUACCGGACUUCAGUUCGUGCCGCGGACCCACUACUUGUUCACGUGCGGCAAGGACGGCAAGGUGAAGGAGUGGGAUGCGGACACGUACAACAAAAUAAUCACGCUGCAGGGGCACGUCGGAGAGGCGUGGAGUUUGGCCGUCAGCCCGGGUGGGAAGCAUGUCGUGUCUUCGGGUGCCGAUCGCGUUUUGCGCCUGUACGAAAAGUCCGAUCAGCCCCUGGUUUUGCAGGACGAAGAGGAGGAGGAGAGGGCCGAACGGGAGGGUUUGGCGACUGGGGAGCAGACGACUGUUCCUGGACAACCGGGGCUCAAUUUACCGUCGAAGAAGACGAUCGGUAGCGAAAAGGGCGCCGAGAGCAUCUUGGAGUGUCUCGAAAUAAUUGAUAAGUACCAGGAGCAGUUGGACGAACACGCCGCGCUGCAGGUGAACUCGUCUCAGACUCUCCCGUUACCGCAGCCGCAUCCUCUCAUGCAGGCUUACGGAGUGACGGCGAAUCACGAGUUCCUUUUCGAGGUUCUUAAACGAAUACGCGCCAGCGACUUGGAAGAAUCCCUCCUCCUGCUGCCCUUUUCAUCAGUGUGUAAAAUACUGGAAAUGCUUCCCUCCCUACUACUAAACAACUACCAAAACGAGCUCGUAUGCAAAAUAGCGAUGUUCCUCUUGAAGAUACACCACGCGCCGAUCGUAGCGAAUCACGCCCUCCUGUCCAAUUUACGACAGCUGAACAAGUUGGCAAUGGUAAAGGUGGAGGAGUUACGAGAUAUGGUCGGUUACAAUUUGUACGGCUUACAAUUGAUGCAAAAGGAAAUAGAGGACCGCGAGAGUAUUCAGCUAUUUAAAGACGCCACCACCAAACGAAAAACGGGGGAAAAGAAAAGGCGACAGAGAGAAAAAUUGAAAAGAUCCCUAAUUACGUUGACUUAGUUGUAAAAAUGAAGUUUGAGAAGAAUUUUUUAAAUUUUUACUGACUUGUGCCAUC